CACUGGACAAGAGUGAAUUUGUUGCGGGGGUCGGUCAGUUACACAAAACGCUCCGCGGUGGAGAGUAAGAUCUGGUGCCGCCCUGAUCGAACCCUGACUGAACGUGUGCUUCAGACAGUCGAGUAGGAAUCAUGACUGCCAUCAACGCACCUCGGGACCAAUACAAGGCCGUGUGGAUCAUUUUUUUCAUCCUGGGUUUGGGAACACUUCUACCAUGGAAUUUCUUUAUAACAGCAACAAUGUACUUCACCAGUCGGCUGAAGGACCCACCUAUAGUGAUUUCAUCCAAUCAGACCACUAAUGGGACUUCUGGGGACGAAGAAGUGCGUAAUGUUUUGGAGUCAACAUUCAGCAAUGUGAUGACACUGUGCGCCAUGGUGCCUCUGCUCAUUUUCACCUGCUUGAAUUCCUUCAUACAUCAGAGGAUUCCUCAGAAGCUGAGAAUCUCUGGAAGUCUGGCGGCCAUCCUGGUGGUUUUCCUGUUGACGGCUGUGCUCGUGAAAUUGGACAUGGCUCCAGUGCUGUUUUUCUCUCUCACAAUGAUCAAAAUCGUCUGUAUCAACUCAUUUGGGGCGAUUCUUCAGAGCAGUCUCUUUGGGCUGGCUGGGAUGCUUCCAGCCUCCUACACCACUCCAGUCAUGAGCGGUCAAGGCCUCGCCGGGACAUUCGCUGCAUUGUCAAUGAUCUGCGCACUGGCCUCUGGGUCGGCAUUACAGGACAGUGCUUUUGGUUACUUUAUCACGGCCUGUAUUGUGAUUGUCCUGGCCAUGAUGUCCUACCUCGCACUACCCAGGAUGGAGUUUUUUCAGUACUACAUGGAAAGUAAUAGUUCUGGACCACCUGGAGAUGAGGAGAACAAGAUGGACCUGCUGUCAAAAGACAGUGCAGCAGAGAAGCGACCUGUGGUGAACAUGAUGGAGGACGAGGCCAAACCCAGCGUGUCUGUGUUUACCAUCUUUAAACAGAUCUGGGCCAUGGCUCUGUCUGUGUGCUUCAUCUUUGCCGUCACCAUUGGAACAUUCCCAGCUGUGACGGUUGACGUCAAGUCGACGGUAGCAGACCGAGGAGCCUGGGACACUUACUUCAUCCCUGUGUCGUGUUUUCUCCUCUUCAAUCUGAUGGAUUGGGCUGGCAGGAGCCUGACGGCCGUCUGCAUGUGGCCGGGUAAAGACAGCAAGUGGCUUCCUAUCCUGGUGGGUCUGCGGAUAGUCUUCAUUCCACUCUUCAUGCUGACCAACGUUCAGCCUCGUAACUAUCUCCCAGUGCUGUUCGGCCACGACGCCUGGUACAUCAUCUUCAUGGUCUUCUUUGCCUUUUCCAAUGGAUAUCUGGCCAGCCUCUGCAUGUGCUUUGGACCCAAGAAAGUGCCGCAGCAUGAAGCAGAGACAGCGGGGGCCAUCAUGGCCUUCUUCCUGGCCCUCGGCUUGGCGUUGGGUGCUGCAGUCUCCUUUGCUUUCAGAGCUCUGGUCUGAAACGUCCAGUAGAACCCACAGUCGAUGUACUCUAGUCUCCUUUUUCAAACACCGUCUCUGCCAUGAUGCAUUGUGGGUGAGCCCUUUGAAGAAGCAGACUAGCAGCUCUCAUUUCAACCACCAAUUAAGACCAUCGGCAAACCUGACUGGACAGCCCGUAACACGAGAGAACCAAACCGCCGUCUUCCAGAAAUGAAGUGAGGAGCCGCUCAACCAGAUGUACCAUUAACAUGUGGAACCAGUUUACUUUUCCAAACAUGGCACUGCUCGCUCUGUCCUCUUUUCCAGCGAAAGUCGAUGACGUCAAAACAUCCAAAACCAAAAUCCUAAAAAAACGCUUAUGAAUGUUUGCUUUGAAAUGACCUCAUACUUUGUUCCAUGUUGCAGAACUACGUAAAUGAAGGCUGUUAGUUCUGUUUUUCUCAGCACCUUUUUUUUUUUUUUUAAGGCAAAGUAGAAUAGGUUUUAAAAAUGUGAUUUUAUUUGAUGUCAAGAUAGAUAAUACAUCUUUUUAUUAUUUAUAAAUGAAGCUCUUUGAUGUUAAAUUGGUACAUUUUAAAGCCUUUCUGACCCUCAGUGUGACACUGAGGGGCAAAAUGUAAAAAAAAAGUGUUUGUGCAUAAGCAACAAACAAAAUUAUACCAUCACUGUCUACUGUUGCAGUGAAAAGCCAAGUACA